ACUUGACAGAGAGGCAGUUAGGUGCUCAGUCUUCAGCUGUGUUUGAGAUUACGCAGCGACAUCUAACCUAUACCUUGCUUUUCCUCUUCCCUGCCCUGCCUCACGAUGGCCACCUCCACUGCUUAUAAGGACCGACAGUUUCUCGCCGUGAUUGGUGACGAAGACUCCGUAACGGGUCUCCUCCUCGCCGGAGUCGGGCAUGUUACAGACGGCCCCGACUCCCAACGGAACUUCCUUGUGGUAGACGCGAAGACAGAGACGGCCACAAUCGAGAAAGCAUUCCAGAACUUCACUCAGGAGCGGAACGAUAUCGCCGUGUUACUGAUCAACCAACAUAUCGCAGAGCGCAUCCGACACAGCGUCGACUCCUACGCGGAAGCCUUCCCCGCCGUCUUGGAGAUCCCCAGCAAAGACCACCCAUAUGAUCCGGAGAAAGAUAGUGUAUUGAAACGAGUGCGCCGUUUGUUUGGGGAAUAGGCUUCUUUUUUUUUCCUUUUCUUUUACGUCUUUUUCCUUCUUCCUUUUCUUGUUCUUUUUCGUAUAUAUUAUUUGCCGUCGUCUGCAAGCGCGGUUUCAAGUUACUUGGUUUCUUGAUGCUUGGACGGGAUGCCCUUGGGCCUGUUCAUUUAUUUCUUCAUCUUAUCGUGAUAGUCUAUUACUACGGGACUAUAUCAUAGAGCAACAGAGUACAAUGGGAAAUGCCCAAUCUCAAUAUGCACAAAGGGGUUGGGUUCGUUGAAUUACCGAUUUUGUCAACGGGUUCAAGCGGUACUGUAAUAAAUAUAUGUAUGUACUAUGUAUAUGAAUAUCUAAACAGCUAUACUUCGGCAAUGAGCUACCCUUGAGAAUAAAAUCCGGGGAAAUAUCAUGGUGGAUAAUUUUACUUUAUA